CUGCACUCUAUACACACAAACCACUACCCCAAUCUCACCCUACUUCCCCCGCCGCCGCCGAUAUGAAACUCCCCACCAUCUCCCACAACCACCACCUCCACUACCUCUCCUCCCCCUCCCUCCAUAAUGCCACCAAUUCCUCCGUGCCCUGCUCUGCUCGCGUCUCCAAGGCCUCAUUCGCCGUCCGCAUGUCCCUCAGGGAGAACGGCCCCUCCGUCGCCGUCGUCGGCGUCACUGGCGCAGUCGGCCAGGAGUUCCUCUCCGUCCUCUCCGACCGCAACUUUCCUUACCGAUCCCUCAAGCUGCUCGCCUCCAAACGCUCUGCCGGGAAAAAGGUCACGUACGAAAAUCGAGAGUACACCGUGGACGAAUUGACGGAGAACAGCUUCAGUGACGUGGACAUUGCCCUUUUCAGUGCUGGCGGGAGUAUAAGCAAGAAGUUCGGACCAGUAGCCGUGGACAAUGGAGCCAUCGUGGUGGAUAAUAGCUCGGCGUUCAGGAUGGACCAAGGCGUCCCUCUGGUGAUACCGGAAGUAAAUCCUGAGGCCAUGGAGGGAAUUAAUCUCAGGAGUGGGAAAGGGGCUCUCAUUGCAAAUCCAAACUGCUCGACUAUUAUUUGCCUCAUGGCAGCCACCCCUUUGCACCGUCAUGCCAGAGUAUCACGGAUGGUUGUAAGUACAUACCAGGCAGCAAGUGGUGCAGGUGCAGCAGCAAUGGAAGAACUUGAACUGCAAACUCGUGAGGUGCUGGAAGGAAAACCGCCAACCUGCAACAUUUUUAAGCAGCAGUAUGCCUUUAACUUGUUCUCACAUAAUGCACCUGUCCUUUCAAACGGAUACAAUGAGGAGGAGAUGAAAUUAGUAAAGGAGACGAGAAAGAUAUGGAACAAUAAUGCUGUUAAAGUAACAGCCACCUGUAUAAGAGUACCUGUCAUGCGUGCUCAUGCCGAGAGUGUCAAUCUUCAAUUUGAGACACCAUUAGAUGAGGACACAGCAAGAGAGAUUCUUAAAAAUGCCCCAGGGGUAGUUGUUAUUGAUGACCGUGCGGCCAACUACUUCCCUACCCCAUUAGAAGUCUCGAAUAAAGAUGAUGUGGCAGUUGGUAGGAUACGCCAAGAUGUUUCCCAAGAAGGGAAUUAUGGGUUGGACAUUUUUGUUUGUGGCGAUCAAAUACGCAAAGGUGCUGCUCUUAAUGCCAUCCAGAUAGCUGAGUUGUUGCUCUAGGAUUCAAAGUUUUGAUGAAUUAAUCAUGGUGAGAUGCAGAUCUCUAUUUUGGAAGUUGUAUUUUUCUCAAAUUUGGAUGAAAGAGAAACAAAUAUCCAGUACUUUUGUAGCAUGCUGCUUUUUAUAUAUUUCGACUAGAAUAGAGAUGUUUCGAAGACUAACAGUCUGCCCAUUAGCAGUCUCCAGGAUAUGUCUGGGCUUGGUUAGGUUUUCUAGUUCUCUUCCUGCCAUCUGUUUUUUAUUUUUUAUUUCUUUUUCUUUUGUGGUAUUGGAUAUAUUGUCUUCAAAAAAUAAAUGUUGAGUUCCUUCUUAGAUUGACUGGUUUAGAGAUUUUGGCAACUACAAAUUAUGAACAUUGUGUUUCAGGUAAGUCUACCCUAAUCUUUGAGAAUAUUGUGGUGUUUGUAUGAUGACUAAUACGCAAG